AUGAUGGCUUAAUUAUAACAGAAAUUAUUAGAAAUAAUAGAAAAUCUCAUUAACAAUCCAAUAUCUCUAGAAUUUGUAGAUCCUUAUGAUGAUGAAGAUUACAAUAAAGUUAUCAUAAACAAAAUGGAUUUGUAAAUAUUAUUCUUAUUCAUAGAACAACUAUUAAAAAGAAGCUAGAGUCCAAUAGAUAUUUAAAUCAUUCUGAAUUCUUUAAAGAUUUAGAUUUAGUUUGGAAGAAUUGCUAAUUAUACAACUAAAAGGGUACAAUCAUUUACUAUUCACAAUAAUAGGAUCAAUAAUCUAUAAAUAAUCAAUUUAUUUAGAAUAACAAUGCAAAAGCUUAUAAAAAGUUAUUGAAGAUGAUUUUAAUUUAGGAAAGAAAAAAAAAAAACAAAAUUCAGAAAGACCGCCUAAUUUAUAAUAACCUUCUUUUGAUUUUCGCUUAAAGUAAUUUUUUUAUAAAUUCAUUUAGAAAUAAACCAAGUAAUGAAGCGUCUCGUCUUAAAUUUUGUCAUACAAUUAAAAAUUUAGAGCAAGAACAAUUAAUUAAAAUAAUAAACUAUUUAGCUGAAUUUUAACCAGAAUGUCUCUCAAGAGAAGAAGAUAAAUUAGUUAUUGAUGUAAAAAAAUUAGAUUCCAAAGCAUGUGAAUAAGUUAAUUUGCUUUGA